AUGACUUUUGGCCCGACAGCAAGCGUAGACCGGCCUGAGCAACGGCAACCAGAUGCGCACUCCAACCCAUGCACCCCGAAGUUGCCAGACAAGGUGAAUUCUGCCCCCUUUGUUCAGGGACAGCGCAUCCGCUUGAAGAAAGGCGAAGUAAAUUACCAGCUGCUUGGGCCACCGACAGCACCGGUGGUGCUUUGCUUGCAUGGCCUCAAUGGUGCCUUGUCCAGCUUUGAGGGCCUGAUGCCCUUGCUGGUGCAAAGCUUCCGAGUGCUGUGCUUUGAUUUGUACGGGUUUGGACUCAGCGCUGCGCCUUCGGGGCGCUUGGACAUCGACGCCUACGUGGGCCAGGUGCAAGAACUCCUCGAUGCCUUGAUGCCCAAUGAGAAGGUGUUCCUCCUCGGUUUCAGCAUGGGCGGCUGUGUGGCCGUGGAGUUCACGAAUCGCUUCCCGGAAAGGGUAGAGCGACUGCUGCUGGUGGCUCCUGGUGGACUGCUGCAGAGGUCGAAGACCCCCUGCCAGCCACUGCUCUUUGGCUGCCUGCGAACACGGCUUGGAGGCUGCCUGCUCUCUGCAGCCACGCUGUUGGCUUGCUGCUCCAGCUGCUGCGUGAGGCGCAACCUUCGCGGGGACAAGCUGGCCGAUCGCUUUGAGCUGGAUGUGCGAGAGCCAGAGAAGUUCAAGGGCGUCAGCCGUCAGAAUGGUGAGCGCUUCCUGUGGAACUUGCACCGCUCUGUGAAUUCGUACUUGCGAGUUUUGCGGCGCAUGCCACUGUGGGCCGACGACUUCAAGGAGUGCUACGUAACCCUCGCCAAGGGAAGCACGCCUCUUCUUUUUCUUUGGGGUGACAGUGACUGCACUGUGCCUUUCUGCGAGGCCGAAGAGGAGGUCAGGCAGAUCUUCGCACCGAACGGGGUGUCCUGCUGCAUGCUGCCAGAAGCAGGGCACGGUUUGCUGCUUGAGGAUGCGGCCCAAGUAGCACAUUGUGCCACAGCCUGGUUCAGCGAUUUGCAGGAUCCCGCGUGGCAGCAGUGCUUGGCUCGCUGGAGGCUGCGAAGCCCAGAUGCUCCAGCUGACCCCGGUGCCGUUUAG